AUGGCUGAUCAUAAACUCAAGGAAGAGAGGCCCUUCUCAUUUCUAACAUAUUCACCAUCCUUUGAUGAUCACAUCUCGUUAACCUUUCCUUCAUUUGAAUGGGAAGAAGAACUUCUUCCUCUCCACAACAACUUUGUUUCUCAAUCUUUUCAUUUGCCUACAAUUACUCUGCCUUUACCUGACCUUGAAUCCUUGUCUCAAGAUGUGCUCAAUACAUACAGCUCUACAGAGCAGAACAGAGGAGAAGGUGACUUGGAGAAGAAUACUAAGAAGAGGAAACUCAACAUAGAAGAACAUAGCGUAGGAAUCAUCAGCGAUAUCACUACCUACACAAACUUUCCAGGUUCGAAGGCAUUGUCGAAGGAGACAAUCUCUCGCUACUUCUAUGUGCCAAUAACUCAGGCAGCCAUGGAGCUUGACGUUGGUUUAACUCUUCUGAAAAGAAGAUGUCGUGAACUUGGUUUCCGUCGAUGGCCUCAUCGCAAACUCAUGAGCUUACUAGCUCUGAUUAAUAACGUCAAGGAGCGGCAGAAGAUGGAUGGGGGAGAGAAUACUGGAAUAUUCAAGAACGCAGUAGAGAUACUCGAGGACGAGAGGAGGAGGAUCGAAGAGAAUCCAGAUUUGGAGUUUACAGACAAGACAAAGAGGCUGAGACAAGCUUGUUUCAAGGCUACACACAAGAUGAAGAAGAAGAAGAGAAGUCUCAAGUCAGAGAUGUCUAUUAUACCCUCUAGUUCAAGCAGCGGCUCAGUGGUAAGUGAAGAGGAGUCAGUUAUUGAAGGUAUAGAGAGCGAUGAUGAAGAAGUGAAGUAUCUCUUGUGUGGUUUCACAAGUGAGUUUAGUGGUUUGUGAUAAUCUUAAGUUUUUGGAUUUUUUUAAAAGCCAC